AUGGAUAAAGGAGGUGCUCCUGCUGCUUUCCAGCCGAGGGGCUUGUCCCAGAUAGGUCAAGAAAACCCGCGUGUUCCCACCUCCCCGGGCCCGGACGACGACGAGCUCCUCUUCCGGACCUUCUUUGACUGGGAUAGCUACUGUAAUUCCACUCAGACCCAGGACCACUUGGUCCCUUCUAGCUCCCCUCAUACAAACUAUCGGGAUCUUCCCAAGCUCAUGACUGAAAUCCCAUUCUAUCUUCACAAUCUUUCACUUGGCAGAGUUGAGGACGGGUACAUGAGGAUGACCCCUGGCCUGAGCCCGGACGAUGGAGGGAUCACCACAUCCGAGUCCAUGGGUCAGACCCCACCAGCACUCGUUAGAGGUGGUAGCACCUCUCCCUCGUCUCCCUCUAGCUCUGUCUAUUUCGACGGCGUAGAGGAUGUCCGUCGACGUCCUCGAGACAGCCUUCGAGAGGUUCAGGCCCAGGAUGAUAAAUGGACCUACCCUCAGAACGAGUAUGCCUCAAGCGGAUAUGGAUACCCUCAUCAUAUCCAGGUCCGCGAGUCGUCCUCUCGCCGCUCAAGCCACAGCAAGACGCAUUCCCCUCCGUCAACCUCUGGUGUCAAGCGUCAGCGAUCUGUGGAGAAGAGGUCCAGACACCUCUCAGACCCUGACCAGACAGCCGACGUCCGCAAGAGUGGAGCAUGCGUGCCGUGCCGUCUCUCCAAGACUCGCUGUCAAGACCGUGGCGUCUGUCCCUCUUGCCGUAAGGCGUUCCCAGACCACUCGCACCUGGUCUGUACCCGUAAGACCCCUGCGGAACACGUUGUGAUUCGUCAGAUAACCGAUGUUUGGUCCAUCGACCCUGCCGAGGAGAGGCGUGUUGUCGACAACGAGCCUCGCUUUCCCUAUGCCAAGCCCAGAGACAUCCUCAUCUACUUCAACCGUGAUGCAGAGUCUCCUUAUCUCCGUGCAUCUGUCCAAGCAUAUCAUUCCCAGUACGGAGUGGACGAGAGCCCCAGAAAUGCUGCUUUUGAGCGGGACAGAUUCCCCAGCUACGCCGAGCUGCAGCGUUGGGUUGAGGCCCAAAUCAAGCGCGAGGGCAGCACCACGUUCGAGCAUGCAGUGCAAAACUUUUUGCGCUCAUAUCAUGAGAAGGGCCAUAGACUUCCAAAGCACAACCUCGUCUCCAAAGUUCACACCAUGAACUGCUUCUUCAGAAUCUGGAAAGCUCCGCGCUUCACCUGCUGUAGCUCGUCCAACAAAGUCUCCCAGGUGCCAUUCACCGUCCAGGCCGAGCUGAGACGCAUUGCAUGGAACGCAGUUGUGUCCCUUGAGCUCGAUAUCCUCAAGCUACUUGAGGAUAUACAGCAGGACUCGCUUAAAGAGCAAGAGAAGAUGGCAGUCUGGGCAAGCUUGUGGCAGCUCAUUCUCAUGUACAGAGACAUGACCAUUGCACAUGAGAGGUAUUUCGCUGGAAACCCCAGUGCCCAGGACGAUGAGAAUUUUUUGGAGGGUUAUCACAAGCUCUACGAAGAGUUCUUUCCCUUCAUCGCAACAUUUUACCAUGGCCACUUCAAGACUCCUAAGAGAAUGGAGAUUUCCCUGGACUGGCUCAAGGACACCAAGAUCCGACAGUUCGCUCAGGAUAUGAUAGAUUCCAAGAGAGAGUUUUAUGAGAAAGUCCAGCGAUCGUCGCACAAAGUUGAUCAGCGACUGGGGGUGUUGGUAGUCAACCAUGAGCUCAAGAAGAUCUCAACCAAGAGACGCCCUAAAAGUAGCACCAAGAGCAAGGGCGCGUGA